GACCCUACGACUCGAACACCGCCCUGAACGUAAUACUACGCAGGCGCUAACUAGCUCCUUUGGCAAUUUCCAUCCUUUUUCUUUGCGGCCACUGGAGACACACCCCUGGGGCUAAUGCGCAAGCGCCGUUCUUCCCCGCUCGCGGUCGGCUGUCUCGUUACGCAUGCCCGGGUGGCGGCGGGAGACUCCGCGGAAUUUACCGCCGGAAGUUCGGCGGCCAUAACCAAAGAGUGCAGGUUCGGAUAGGUAGCUAGAGGGGCUCGUUUCCACAUCGCUCCCGCGUAGUAGGCGGCCAUCUUAGCUGAAGAAACAUUUAAAUUCUGGAGAUAGCGACUCAGUAUCAUGGCCGGCAGCCCUAAUGAAGAUCCAGAAGGAAGCAGAAUCACUUAUGUGAAAGGAGACCUUUUUGCAUGCCCCAAAACAGAUUCUCUUGCUCACUGUAUCAGUGAGGAUUGUCGAAUGGGGGCUGGGAUAGCUGUACUCUUCAAGAAGAAAUUUGGAGGGGUGCAGGAAUUGAUGAAUCAACAAAAGAAAUCUGGAGAAGUGGCUGUUCUGAAGAGAGAUGGGCGAUAUAUAUAUUACUUGAUUACAAAGAAAAGGGCUUCACACAAGCCAACUUAUGAAAAUUUGCAGAAAAGUUUAGAGGCCAUGAAGUCCCAUUGUCUGAAGAAUGGAGUCACCGACCUCUCCAUGCCCAGGAUUGGCUGUGGUCUUGAUCGUCUGCAAUGGGAAAAUGUGUCUGCAAUGAUUGAGGAGGUGUUUGAGGCAACAGACAUUAGAAUUACUGUAUAUACACUCUGAACAGAUGAACAUUUGGAUGUGUCCGUGUUUUCCUGUGUCAUCCUUAGUGGGCCAUAGGACUGGGCAAACUGACCUUAAAAUUGUCAGAGGAGUUUCAUGGGAAGUAGUCUGUGUCACAGGCCAGGCUGUAUUCCUGAUUGGACUGGAACUGUGGACGAGGGGUUGCUUGGGAAAUGUGGAUGUGAUUUUUUUUUUUUUUUGCAGGAAGGUAGGUGAUAAUAGAUGGCCUGAUGGUAGGCGGGAAACCAGAUGGUCUGCCUAUGACCCGUUUUGCUCCAGGAUGCUACCUGAUUUGUUUGGCUUGCCACUAGGUGGCAGCAUUGAUUCUACUUCUCUGCUGUUGAAGAGAAACUUUAGGAAUGAUGAACAUAUUUAAUUUUGCAUCUCUUGUAGCUUGUGCAUUUAAUUUGUAUUAUCCUUACGUCAUCAGAUUCAUCCUAGGAGAGAAUUUUGAGGGGUUUUUUGUUUGUUUAAAUUACAAAAAUGGGUUUUUACAUUAUUAAGGAAAAUCAAUGUCAUGGGCUCCACUGAGGCUCUGUACACGUUUGUGUUGUUCCGGAUUUGGAUCAUGGAGGAUUCACUUGUAACUUAAUUUGGAAAAGUCAGAGAGGGCGUCCGGUGGGAAGAGCAGCAAGGUGAGAAAUAAGAAAGAAUGGACAGGAAGUUUCAACAUAAUGGAAAGACAGGUUUUCAGAACGUCUUCAUUGUGCCCUCUUCUGUCUGCUAUGUAGUUUCUUGAUUGAACCUGUCUGAAUCAUGAGACAUGAAACGGUGUAUGUUAAAUGCCUGACAGUGCUUAGUGCAGAGUAAUAUCUCAGUUGGCAACAAAAUCCAUAUGAAUCUUCUUAAAAAAAAAUAAAUAAAUAAAAGACCCACUUCUCCCCCAAAAUCCUAUUUUGGUAGUUGGGGGAUUAGGGAGGAUGACCAGUUUUCUUUGUGUUUUUAAGCCCCAGAGGAUUCUGAGGUAUAACCCACUGAGAUCAAGAACAGUAAAUAUUAGUCUCCUUUUCUUCCUAAGCUAGAAGAGCAGCACUUCGUUUAUUCUUGUUUUUGUGGUGGGGAAAAAAGGUUCAUUUAGCCAGUGCUUCAGUGUCAGAGAUAUUGGGAAAACUGGUGGGGUUUUCUCGCCCCAGUCCCCCACCCCCCUUUGAGGUGUUACAAGUUAAACAGCAAGACCUAUUGAUUUCCCCUCUAGAGUGAAUUCUGGGUCUUCACAGGACUUGCUGUUUUCCCAAGUGUAAACUGGAUUUUAGAAUGGGCUUAUUGAGACACUAGCAGGAGCACUUAAAUAUAAACUUUGUACUUUAGACUUGUGUUCUUGAUACAUUGCAGCCUGAUAUGAGACAGCAGUUGCAAAAAGUAUUUCAUUUCUUUUGUAUUUCUGGAACAGACAAGUUCUCCGUGUUGUCAGGGUGGGGUAGGGGAGGAGCAAGUUCAUUCUCAAACUUUUAGACUGAUGCUUUUCUUGAUACUUUGCUUCUGUUCACAUACAGAUAGUAAAAUUUAAGGGGGAAAAAAAGAAGGGAAACAAUGUCUAAAUAUACAAAACUGAAAAUGAGAAUGGGGUGAUAAGAAAUGUAGAAUCAAAGUAUUUUGCUAGCUAUGCAAAUCUUAACAUGGGUCAAAACAUUGGUUUUAUAGACUUCUACAUUGAAAGGGGUUAGGGUGAAUUUUUUUCCUUGAGUCUGAACCUUGAUUCUUUUAACAAAGCUUUGUCUCUCUGAGGACUGGCUGUAAGUGAAAUUCUAGGACUCAGCAGGGAUGUGAUAAAGUACUUUGUCAUUUGCAGAUAGUCUUGGGGUCAAAUUCCGAUGACUUAUCACACACAAAGCCCAGGGAAAGGAAGCAUUGCCUGAUAAUCAACAUGAACACCUUAUUCCUGGAAACCUAGUUAGAGAUUGGCAAACACCCAGAAAUUCACAUGUGAAAUUUUACUUCUACAUAGGACUCAAACCUUUUAAGAAAUGGGAUUUUUUUAUAUCAUUCUGCCAUCACUAUUAAGUACCACAUGUUGACUAUGCUUACAUGUAUCUGAACAUUGAAAUCUCCCUACUUUUUACCUCCUCAUUAACCAAGAGGCUAAUUACUUAUUAACUGGCUGUGGGGACAUGGACAUCUUAUAAACACAUUUUCUAUGAUUUUUGUUUCCACCUCUGCUAUAGCUUCCCUUCAGAGAAGGGAAAAGUCACAAGUAAUCUCAAGAAAACAUUUUAUGAAGGUCAAGACCAGGAUGAGAAGUCUACAUGGGAGAGUUAGUACCUGUGUUGCCUAGACAAGUCCUGGUCUAAGCCUCCUUUCCACUUUCUAAUGUCAGGUUCGAAGCCUGGGACAUCCCUAUUCCUGGGACUUGAUCACUGUCCAUAGCAUUAUAACUGCGAUAUAUCCAAAUUCCUUAAAAAGCCUGUUCACAGAAAAACCACACCACUUCUUUUAUUAAUGUUGCUGGUUAUUUUUCUUUUAAAAAAAACAAAAACCCAACUUAACAUAAAAUGCAUUUCUGGACAUAUUUCAAAGAUCUUGGCAGAUCUUGGGUCUGAGGCUCUUCACCUUAAGCAGCCCAUUUGGAGGAAUAAUUAGGACCCUCAGCCCCAUGGAUGCCUCGUGCCUAUAUAUGGUUGCUAUUUCUCUUUGCAGCUCACUUUCCUCUUUCCCAGGAGCAGCAUUGGAGAGAGAGGCACAGCUAAAAUUAUUUACAGCGUGAAUAGUGUAUUUUGAGUCCUUAGAGGGCUGUGUGCAGUGGGGGUGGUUGGCAUCGAAUGUUGUCCAGCUCCAAGUGGUAGGAAGUCAGGCAUGUCCCAGAUGGCCACACAUGUCACCGCUGUCUCUUGGUGGCAGCAGGCAGACCUUGGUGAGAAUACAGAAAGCAUGUUACGGAGAGCAAUGCUGGCCCCAAACAAUGAAGAGAUUUUUUUAAACUAGGGUUUUUCUGUGCACCUUCCCCAAUAAGUCCCUGAAUUUCUCCUCCAUAGUCUCCUGUGAUUCCUGGUUUACCCAGGGUUGAAUCUGUUCAAUAUCAGUGUGGUUUGCACAGAGGAAGUCCCAGAAGAGAUCUGCUUUCACUCUGUUCUCGAGUUGAAUAUUUGGUGAAAUCCUAUUCUGUUACUUUUUUUUAAAAAGAUGGAAUAAGACCUAAGAGGAACAUUUUCUUUUAACCAGUGCCCAUUUCUGGGCAGUAUUUUAAGCAGAGGUAUUCAUUUGGGCUUUUAGGUUACAAUUCUGUUUCAUGCCAAUUAUUUUUUUUUUGUUUAACUUGAUGUAUUUUAACCUUUUCCUUCAGACACAUGAGCAACUCAAAUAGAGUACAGGGAAGCAUGUUAAUGGGUCCAGAUAAUACAGUUAUGUACAUUAAUGGAAGGAGACUUAGAAUGUGGAACAUGCUCAAUAAUACUUAAGAAUAAUUUGACUUAGAAAUGGACUUUUCCCUCAAACUGAUUUCUCUAUUUUCUGUUUAGCAUAAGAUACAACCCUCAACUAUCCAAAAGUAAAAGCUCUUUUUAAUUCUUCUUGAAAUGCUUAAUUUUUAUAGCAGAUUUAGGUAUCUAAUUAUUUGACUUAAUGAGGACACACAUACACACACACAUCCCUGAGGACUUGCUAGUUAGGCAGCUGGAAGAAGUGGCCUGUGACUCUGAAAGAUGUUUAAAGAGAUUAAAGUAUACUAAGGUUAAAAUUAAGCUACCAGUCGUCAUUCUGUAGAAUCUAAGGUUUAUAAUGACAGCGAUAGCACCUAUGCUCACAAAAUCUUCAAGGAAUUUAAAAGCUAAUUUUGUAUCUUAAGAGGUCACCCUUAGAAAUCUUUUUAUUACCUCUCAUGACCAUGCAGAGUGUCUCAGUUUAUACGAGCAGAGUACCAUGUGACAUUACCUGACCAUAGUCUCACUUAAUUCAAUGAAUGGGUCCUGCCUUUUGUAAGAAAUGGCUGGAAUUCCUGUCUUCAUAGAUUGGCAAAUACCCAACUGGAGAAUUAUCAGGCACCCUGAGUGCAUGUCUAAUAGCUAACAUCUGCCAACAUCAAGCUCCAGAACAUUGAUAUUUUCAAAAUGUGUCUAUGAAGUGACAUCUCUUAAGAGUAUUAAGAGUGAGACACACCACAAAUAAAUUGAAUCUCUUCAUGGAAGCAUAUACUGCUUUCGUGUUUUAGUAAUACGUGAGUUGUUUCAGAAUUGAAGUUGUAAAGAGGGUGGUGAAGACCUUUCUCUGUCGCUGGAGGACUUUGAUCAGUAACUCAGGCUUUGUAAAGGAUCUUAGUCAUAGCAUUGCUGUGGGAGCAAACUAGACCAAAUUCAAAAAAAGACAGUAAAGGAUCCUUUACCCUCUUUCCUGGGGGUAAUCAGCCUGUUUCUGCAAGAGUCUAAUUUACCCGCAGCAAGAGGCCAAAUUGGCCUUAAUUGUGUCCUAAUUAUUUGCUUAAAUAGCUAAUUUUUACUUCCAGUGCUCCUAUCACAUCUUGAUGUCUAGUAGGCUACUUCUGAGCUGCUGCAUAAUUUACAGACAUUUUUUCAACCCUUUACACAUUCCUGCAUAGAAGUUGUUGCUGUAUUAUGCCCAUUCCUGCAUUCAGCAUUUUUCUGUGAGUCCUGCUGAGGUCUUCUCAACAUACAAAAUAAAUAAAAUGUUCUUGUAUUAUAUAUUCACACA